UGGAUGGAACGAUGACUUAAAGCUCUUCAUAUUUGCCUGGGGUUGUUGGAACUGAGUAUUGUCCUUGAGAAAAUAAGAUUGAGGGAGUUUUUUAUCAUUAUUCCAUUGCUUUAGUGGGAAAUAUGGUAUUUUGUAAUUGUUGUUUAGCAAAAGCUUUGGUGAAUCGAGGAGUAAUAUUGUAGGUAUAAUUUGAGUAUUUGGUUCUAAUGAUCGAAUGAAAGUAACUAUGAUUAUCCCAAAAUAACUUUAGUAAAUUUGAAUUGUUUUCCAUCAAUAAACUUGAGAGAAAUAUAAGCAGCAAUUUUAAUUUACUUAACUGUUUAUCAUUCAUAAUUCCAUAAUUGAAGACUGAGCUCAACAAGAGGAAAAACGGUAUUUGAACUAACUAUUAAUUUACUAAUCAAGAAGUCACUUGUAUACCUGAAUUUUCCUGCUCUAAA